AUCGCCCCGUUAGGUUUAACUUCACUCCGUGUCAAACCGUAAGAGGCUCUGCACCUAAAUAACUAACGGACGCCGAAGGCAUCUUAACGAGUCUUCAAAAUGUACAAAACGGUCGCAGAAUGCUACGAAGGGCAAUCUGUUUUUCUGACUGGAGGCACCGGUUUUCUAGGAAAGGUGAUCUUAGAAAAAUUACUAUACAGUUGUCCUGGAUUAGACAAAGUUUACGUAAUGGUCCGAGACAAGAAAAACACGGUUGCGCAGCAAAGAAUCCAGAAGAUUCUGGAACAGCCGAUUUUCUCGAGAUUAAGAGAUGAAAAUCCCAAAGCCUUUGACAAAAUUGUUCCAAUCGUGGGCGACAUCUCCGAACUUAAACUCGGACUCAACGCUCAGGAUGAAGAACUUCUAACUAGUAAGGUUUCGAUAGUAUACCACGUUGCUGCAACAAUCAAGUUCAACGAACCAUUAGAAGUUGCUAUGAACAUUAACGUGGCCGGUACCAAAAGGGUAAUCGAACUCAGUCAUCGCAUGAAGAAUAUUAAGGCCUUUGUUUACGUUUCAACUGCUUAUUCGAAUUCAGACAGAGAUGUUAUAGAGGAAGUCAUAUAUCCAGCGCCAGCUUCUUUGAACGAACUGAAAAAGUUACUAGAGAUUGGACUAACUGAAGAACAAGUAAAGAAUCUUAUAGGUAACAGACCCAAUACGUAUACAUUCACAAAAGCGAUUGCGGAGAACCUGAUAGCUGACAAUAGUGACCGCAUACCAUCUGUGAUAAUCCGACCAUCUGUAGUAUCUUCCAGCAAAACGGAGCCUCUUGUUGGAUGGAUUGACAACUGGUUUGGAGCGUCCGCCCUCAUUACUACAAUCUCUAAGGGCUUGAACCGUGUUAUCCUCGCUCAUCCUUCAAAUUGUCUUGAUCUCAUACCAGUUGAUUAUGUUUCAAAUUUAAUAAUUGUUGCUGCUACGAAAUGUAAAAGGUCAAAAGAUGUCGCAGUAUACAAUUGCAGUUCGAGUGCAGAAAAUCCAAUAAAAGUGAAACGUUUGAGUGAACUUAUCAUUGAAGAUGCUUACAAGAAUAAAUGUUAUGAUGUACCAUUGCCAUUCGUGUACUUCACGCAGAAUAAAAUGCUGGUAUUCCUUAUAACGCUGAUACUGCAAACGAUACCGGCCUAUAUAGGAGACAUAAUUUUAUUGUUAAUAGGAAAAAAAGCCAGAUUCAUAAAAAUCCAAGCCAAAGUAUCGUUGGUCCGAAAUACAUUGGAAUAUUUCUCAUCAAAUAAUUGGAUCAUAAAGGCGUCAAAGACGAGAGCUUUAGCGCAGUCUCUCUCACCAAUCGACAAAGAAACAUUCCCUUGCGACCCGGCAGAUAUUGUGUGGGACGAAUACAUUCCAACUUACUGUGCGGGUAUAAGAAAAUUUUUAUUACCAAAGACGUAAUAAAAUUAUGAUUCGUUUAAUUCUCCGACUAAUAAAAAUAUUUAUAAGUAUUUAACAUAAUAGAGCAAAAGUGGUAUACAAAAAGAACAAUUUGCUUUUCUAUUUAUUAUAUUUAGAAAGAUAAAUAAAUAAUAAAUGAGCUAUUUAAUGUCGAUUGUCUUAUGGAAGAACCCCACUUACCUAUGUACUAGCAAUAUAUAAUUACAACGCAAUGACUUGCGAGAGGAUUAGCGGAAAAGAAAA